AACUAGGCGGAGCGUGAGUCAGCGCUGCCCAAGGGGCUCUCCGCCCCUUGGGAGGUGGGUCGUAGUUAGGCUCCGUACUAGAGAAGGGCAAAAGAAACUGGGCCAAGCCGCACUUUUACCUCGAGGGGCCUCGAGGACUCUCCGCGUCUCUGGAGACAAGGGCACUACAAGCACUUCAAGAUGAAGAGUUGCGGGAGUAUGCUGGGGCUCCCGGGGCGGCGGCUCCCUUCGGCGGAGUUCCUGCUCCUGUUGCCAUUCCUGCUGCUGCUGCUCCUGCUGCUGCUGCCCGCCGCCCCUGCGCCCCAUCGGGCUGCCUACAAGCCGGUCAUAGUGGUGCACGGGCUCUUUGACAGUUCGUACAGCUUCCGCCAUCUGCUGGAAUACAUCAAUGAGACCCACCCUGGGACUGCGGUGACAGUGCUCGAUCUCUUCGAUGGGAGAGAGAGUUUGCGACCCCUGUGGGAACAGGUGCAAGGGUUCCGAGAGGCUGUGGCCCCCAUCAUGGCAAAGGCUCUUCAAGGGGUGCACCUCAUCUGCUACUCCCAGGGGGGCCUGGUGUGCCGGGCACUCCUGUCUGUGAUGGAUGAACACAAUGUGGAUUCUUUCAUCUCUCUCUCCUCUCCACAGAUGGGACAGUAUGGAGACACAAACUAUUUGAAGUGGCUGUUCCCCACCUCCAUGAGGUCUAACCUCUACCGGAUCUGCUACAGCCCGUGGGGCCAGGAAUUCUCCAUCUGCAACUACUGGCAUGACCCCCACCAUGAUGACUUGUACCUCAAUGCCAGCAGCUUCCUGGCCCUGAUCAAUGGGGAAAGAGACCAUCCCAAUGCCACUGCUUGGCGGAAGAACUUUCUGCGUUUGGGCCGCCUGGUGCUGAUUGGGGGCCCUGAUGAUGGUGUCAUUACUCCCUGGCAGUCCAGCUUCUUUGGUUUCUAUGAUGCAAAUGAGACAGUCUUGGAGAUGGAGAAGCAACUGGUUUAUCUGCGGGACUCUUUUGGGUUGAAGACUCUCCUGGCCCGGGGGGCCAUAGUGAGGUGUCCAAUGGCUGGGAUCUCCCACACGGCCUGGCACUCCAACCGUACCCUUUAUGAGACCUGCAUUGAACCUUGGCUCUCCUGAGGGACCCCUCAGGAACUCCCCUCCCAGAGACGGAAUGGAGCCUUGGAUGUCAGGCCUUGGUGUGCCUGUGACCACCUCACUGGUCCCACACUGCCCCCACCAGCCAGGGCUCCAGGACCCCUCCUCUGUGAACGACACAUCCUGGUCUCCUCCAUCUCGUGUCCUCCCUUUUGGGGGUUGCUCCAUGCUCUCCCAUGCCCCCCAAGGCCAAGGCCAAGGCCAAGGCUGGGAAGUGGGAAACAAGAUUAACUUGUGGCUGCUCCUAUUGCUGCUGCUCCUCUGUCUCUGGCUCUACAGAAGGAGAACCCAGCCCCUGCCCACCACAGGGCCUCCUUCCAAGCCACUCAGGACAUUUUUAGCUUGUUUUUCCCACGUUCCCUUUUCCUCUGAACUCCCCUGUUGUGAGCCCUCCCAACCCGCCAGGAAGGACCACCUAUGAGAGUGGGGUUCUGAGGCUCCACUAUGGGGACAGUUCCGUUCUUGAAGUGUCAGUGUUGGGGAAUAUCUGUGGCCUGUGAGGCCCAUCUCAGGUUUGGGGAUCCCCCAGUCCCUAUAUUCAGUAUUGGGGUGCCCUCUGGGAGCCUAGUUUCUUUGAGGCUCCAGCCCCUCUUUUAGCUACCCUUGAAUGGGUGUGUUACUACCCCUGUAUUUAUGAAAAUAAAGUUCCAUUU